AUGUUCAAGCACGGCAUCGCCCGCGCCUUGGGCAGGUCUGCUCUCCGACCAACAGCUACUCGACGCGCAUUCGAGCCUCUCCGAACACAAGCUCUACCAGCAUUGAGCACGAGAUUCGCCAGCACAGACGCCAGCAGUGGUGUUGGAGAUGGCAAGAUUCAUCAGGUCAUUGGUGCCGUCGUCGACGUCAAGUUCGAUACCGAGACACUACCUUCGAUCCUGAACGCUCUAACUACCCAGAACGGAGACAACAAACUCGUAUUGGAAGUCGCUCAACAUUUGGGUGAAAAUACAGUACGAUGCAUUGCCAUGGACGGUACCGAGGGUCUGGUCCGUGGUUCAAAGUGCACAGAUACUGGUUCUCCCAUUAAGAUUCCAGUCGGUCCAGGUACUCUUGGUCGUAUCAUGAACGUUACUGGUGACCCUAUCGAUGAACGAGGUCCUAUCAAGGCCACCAAAUAUGCUCCCAUCCACGCCGAGGCUCCUGAAUUCGUCGAACAAUCUACAUCUGCUGAAAUUCUGGUCACUGGUAUCAAGGUCGUAGACCUGCUAGCCCCAUAUGCCCGUGGCGGAAAGAUUGGUCUCUUCGGUGGUGCUGGUGUCGGCAAGACUGUGUUUAUUCAGGAACUGAUCAACAACAUCGCCAAGGCUCACGGUGGUUACUCUGUCUUCACUGGUGUCGGUGAGCGAACUCGUGAGGGUAACGAUUUAUACCAUGAAAUGCAGGAGACCUCUGUCAUUCAGCUCGAUGGUGACUCCAAGGUCGCUCUGGUGUUCGGCCAGAUGAACGAGCCUCCUGGAGCUCGUGCUCGUGUCGCCUUGACUGGUUUGACCGUUGCUGAAUAUUUCCGUGACGAGGAAGGACAGGACGUGCUACUGUUCAUUGACAACAUUUUCCGAUUCACCCAAGCCGGUUCCGAAGUAUCCGCCCUGCUAGGUCGUAUUCCAUCUGCCGUCGGUUACCAACCAACUCUUGCCGUCGACAUGGGUGUCAUGCAGGAAAGAAUUACCACCACUCAGAAGGGGUCCAUCACAUCCGUACAGGCUGUCUACGUCCCAGCUGACGAUCUGACUGAUCCUGCUCCCGCCACCACCUUUGCUCACUUGGACGCCACAACUGUGUUGUCUCGAGGUAUUUCCGAACUUGGUAUCUACCCAGCUGUGGAUCCUCUUGAUUCCAAGUCUCGUAUCCUUGAUCCUCGUGUCGUCGGUCAGGAACACUACGACACUGCCACCCGUGUACAACAGAUGUUGCAAGAGUACAAGUCGCUACAGGACAUCAUUGCCAUUUUGGGUAUGGACGAGUUGUCAGAAGCUGACAAGCUUACUGUCGAGCGAGCCCGAAAGCUACAGCGUUUCUUGAGCCAACCUUUCACAGUCGCUCAAGUUUUCACUGGUAUCGAGGGCAAGCUCGUCGAUGUCAAGGACACCAUCAAGUCUUUCCAGCAGAUCAUGCAAGGAGAGGGUGAUGAUCUACCAGAAGGUGCUUUCUACAUGGUCGGUGACUUCGAGAGCGCAAGAGCCAAGGGUGAAAAGAUCUUGGCCGAGCUCGAGAAGUCGUGA